CCAUGCUCUUGAAAACCAGUACAAAAAUGAGAGUGACCGAAUUGAUGCUGCCAGGUAGGCUGUUAGGUUAUUUUUUUAUGCUAAUCCAUUUAUUGCUUAAAAUAUUUGUAUACUGUUUAUAAGUUUUACAAUCAGAGAUGAAACAUUAAUAAAUUUACUUUAGUGUAUUUUAUUAUUUUAUGAAAUGCAUAAAAGAAUUCUUUUAAGAACUUUAAUUUUAAAUAAUUCCCAAGUUGGUGGUUAUAGAUUUGCAUGACCAGGGUAAGAAUCAGAACAUGAGGCUCUCUUCAGAUGUUGGAAUAUUCCUUAAUGCCAAUCCGUAGAUCAAUAUAUUAAUAAUCAGAAGGAAAUGGUCUCAAUUAAUUUUGUGUGCGCUGGAUCAAGAAAUAUCAUUAAUUUCUCAUGAAGUGUUUGGUUAUUGAUUCUCUGCUUCCCCUGGAAGUAUCAGCAAGUAGCUAAACAGUUUAUGUUUACAAAUGGGGGCUGUUUUUUUUGGCUCAGAUCAAGCCCAAAAACACUUUGGCCUAUAUAAUAAAUAGCCCUGGAGAGUUAACAAUAUCAAUUCGCCUUUUUUAUUUUUUUUGCCAAUUUUUACAUUUUUAUAAUUCAUAUUGACAAAGUGGAACGAUGAGAUAUACAUUUUUUUUUAUAAUGCCAAAAUGGUUCAGUUAAGGGGAAAGUAGUCACUACGCAAAGGAAGUCUGUGCAGAAAAUAUUUUUAAAAAUAAUAAAACAUAUUUAAGUUUUGUCUACAUUCAUUUCGAAUCCUUUGGCUUCUUAGAGUGGUCAUUUACACUUCUGAACAGUCUCUCUUUUCAAAAUAAUAACUUAUUUUCUACACUUCAGUCUGUUUAAACUCAUUUUUAAAAUAAAGUCUUUUUAAAAAGAUUUUAACAUAUAUUUUUAUUUAAAGCUUUAAGAGUACAAUAAGUUAGACCCUAACGACUCACCUAAAGUGCCAUUGCCAUGCUUCAUCACAGUAUAUAUAGUGUAUUAUUAUAAUAAUUUUUUUGGCACAUUGCUGGUUGCUCCUGUUAGUGUUUUAGAGCCAUGACAUUAAACAAGGGACAAUCAUGUUAGAGAAAGAAAAUAAAUAGCUAUGCUGUGAAGAUCACAAUGAAAUGAAGCACAAGCUUGCGCAUGUGGCAUUGAUUCCAUCGAUCUGAUUUCUCAUUAUCAUUGAUUCAUCCUUUAGUAUUGAGUCUUGCUCUCCACUCUUUGGUUGGCCACAUCAACUGCUUGUUGCAAUGAGCAGGUCAUGUGCUUUUUUUAUGCUUCACUAGUUGGGAGAUUUAAUAUUUCCCAGGGUGAUGAAAUUAUAGUAGCCAAUUUAUUGAAAUCUGUGGGAGGCAUUUGUGUCUAUAUUGUUUUAGUUUGUAAGGAUUUUUUAAAAUGUUGGGUGUUAGAAUAUCGUGAAAUGUACUGAACAGACCUUUAAGUUUUCAAAUUUAAACAUAAAUUCAUUUGUGAUAAUAUCAGCAGGGAGUUGAUACUUCCAUGCUAUCUUUUAUAAAAGAUUAUAAAUGUGGAGGAAUAUCUUUUCUGGCAAACUUGUGUCUUAGAAUAUAUAUACCACUCCAUCUUGGUUUACAAAUUUUUUUAAAGCAAGUUACUUAACAAAGUUGUUGCUUCAUUGUUUAUCAAGGAGCAUGAUGUCACAGAAUCUCUAAUUUUGUAGUAAAAUAAUUUUAUACUAAAUUCUUGAGUAUUCGGCACAUUGUAAGACUGCCUAACAAAUCCUGACUUAAUAAUGACGUAGCCCUGCUUGUCUUGUUUCAUUAAGUAUAAAAAAAAGAAAGCAUUAAAUAUUUAAAUAUUACGGAUGUCAUUUGAAAAAGAAAUAACAGUUAUAAAAGAAAUGUUCAACAUUUGAUUUUUAAUUAUUUUAUUUUAAUGAAGGAGAGAAGUGGAGAAGCUGGAAAGAGAGAUGAAAAUGAGAAAAGAAGAAUUAGAUGAAAGAGAAGAGAAAAUGCUGGCCCAGCACGAAAAGACCAAACAUGAGCUGCAAGAAGAGAGGACGGUUUUGAAAACCAGACAAGAGGAAGCCUCACAGAUACUAGAGAAACAGCAGAGAAAGAUUGACGAGCAGACGAGGAAGCUAAAUGAAGAAAGGGAAAAAUGUAAAAAAUUAAUAUAAACAAAUAUCAAUUUUUAUUGUUAAAAUCCAAGCAGUUUUACUGAUUCCUUUUCAGACUUUUAAAGAUUCGUUUGCAAAUAUUUUAACUCUUUUUAUAGAUCGCAUUAAUGGAAAAUUAUAUUUGAAAAUGCUGCAUAAAAAAUGAAAACUUAAAUAAAGAAAAAUUAGUCUUAAAUUUGGAAAUAAUCAAAAUAAUAAAGCCAAUUAUUUUUAGGACUAUUACUGCUAUCUCUGUUUUUUUUCCCCCCAAGCUUGCAGAAUUCCAUUGGAAUAAAAAAUUUUGAAAUUUUGAUCCAUUCACCAACUAAUAUUUUUGUGAUCAGAAUACUUUGCUUCCAGUUCUAGCAUUCAGUUUUUAUUUCUCAGGAUUCCAGUCUUAAAAAAUUUUUUGACUUCUUUUCCAAGUUUUUUCUUAAACUCAUUUUCAGUUAAAAGACAACUCCAAGAGGAGGUGCA